AUGCGUGUAUACGUAGCUGGAAACGGAUUCCAUAUAAUAGGUGCUCAUACUGAUAGCCCUUGCCUGAAGUUGAAGCCUGUUUCAAAGAUAACUAAAGGUGGAUGCUUGGAAGUUGGUGUUCAAACAUACGGAGGUGGGUUAUGGUACACGUGGUUCGACCGUGACUUGACCGUUGCGGGACGUGUGAUUCUAAAAGAAGAGAAGGCAGGUUCGGUCUCGUAUUCGCAUCGGCUAGUUAGGAUUGAGGAACCUAUAAUGAGGAUCCCUACCUUGGCCAUCCACUUGGACAGGAAUGUGAACAGUGAAGGUUUUAAGCCAAACACUCAGACACACCUCGUUCCGUUACUGGCAACAGCUAUCAAGGCUGAGCUCAAUAAAGUGCCAGCAGAAGGUGGUGAAACUGAUGGAGGAAAGAAGUGUACUGAAACUAGUUCAAAGUCAAAGCAUCACCCACUGCUAAUGGAGAUCAUUGCAAACGCUCUGAGUUGUAAACCUGAGGAGAUAAGCGAUUUUGAGCUGCAAGCAUGUGACACUCAGCCAAGCAUUCUAGGUGGUGCAGCCAAAGAAUUUAUCUUCUCCGGAAGGCUUGAUAAUCUCUGCAUGUCAUUUUGUUCUCUAAAGGCACUUAUAGAUGCAACAUCUUCUGCAAGUGACCUAGAGGAAGAAAGCGGAGUGAGAAUGGUGGCAUUAUUCGAUCAUGAAGAAGUUGGUUCCAAUUCAGCGCAAGGAGCUGGAUCCCCUGUCAUGAUUGAUGCUAUGUCACACAUUACAAGUUGCUUCAGCUCGGACUCUAAGGUGCUCAAGAAAGCGAUUCAAAAGAGUUUGCUUGUAUCUGCUGAUAUGGCGCAUGCUUUACAUCCAAACUUCAUGGACAAACACGAAGAGAAUCAUCAGCCAAAGAUGCACGGAGGUCUUGUCAUCAAACACAAUGCAAAUCAACGUUACGCAACUAAUGCUGUAACUUCCUUUGUAUUCAGAGAGAUAGCAGAGAAACACAAUCUCCCUGUUCAGGAUUUCGUGGUACGUAAUGAUAUGGGUUGUGGAUCGACGAUUGGUCCAAUCCUAGCGAGCAGUGUAGGGAUAAGGACCGUUGAUGUUGGAGCUCCUCAACUCUCAAUGCAUAGCAUACGUGAGAUGUGUGCUGCUGAUGAUGUGAAGCAUUCAUACGAACAUUUCAAAGCUUUCUUCCAUGAGUUCACUCACCUUGACGCUAAGCUCACUGUCGACGUUUGA